UUUCUCAUCCGGCUUCUCACUCACACUCUCUCGCUCAGCAGAGGCUCAGAGGUAGGGAGCAAAGAUUCUCACUUAGAAAGGGUGGAGAGAGAAUUUGGAGCUUUUCUUUAUUUCUCUCUUUCUCUCCCUGAGAAAGAGACACCAAAACAACAAGAAGGAAAAAAAAAAAAGAUGGAGAGGAAGCAGGGAGAGGUGGACCACCUGGAGCGCCCGGGCCCACUGACUGACAAGGAGAGGGUGAUGAUCCAGGACUCGUGGGCGAAAGUCUACCAGAACUGUGAGGAGGCCGGGGUUGCCAUACUGGUCAGACUGUUUGUGAACUUCCCUUCAUCCAAGCUAUACUUCAGCCAGUUCAAGAACGUUGAGGACGCAGAGGAGCUGGAGCAGAGUCCCCAGCUCAGAAAACAUGCCCAAAGAGUCAUGAACGCCCUUAACACGUUGGUGGAGAAUAUUGACAACUCAGAAAAGGUGGCCUCAGUGCUGAAGCUACUCGGCAAAACCCACGCACUCAAACACAAGGUGGACCCAGUGUACUUCAAGAUCCUGAGCGGCGUGAUUCUGGAAGUCCUGGGAGAAGAGUAUCCAGAGGUUGUGACGCCAGAGGUGGGCGCAGCCUGGACCAAACUCCUCGCUACUCUCUGCUCUGGCAUCAAAGCCGUCUAUGAGGAAGUGGGCUGGACUCAACAAUCAACCUCCAGCGGCUGAAACCUGCAGAUGAGCACACCUCCGACGGGGAUCUUAUUAUCGCUUUGCAGCUUCAUGCAAUAGCAAUCAGAUGACUGUAAUAUGACAAUGCAGUUUGUUGUUAUCUAUGAUAAUCAUGGACAAUAUAAAAUGGAUAUAACAUAAACAAAUAUAGGAACACGUCCUGUAACCUUUUUAUAGCUAGCGUUGUGUUUGUGAGAGAAAGAGAGCACCCCUUCCCCGUGAUUGUUCUCUUUCAAAGACCAACCCAUUUAGGAUGCAGAAAAGAGACGGAGUGGUAGAGAAGAGGUCACAUUUGACUCGGGUGUGCCUUCUAUUCAAUGUGUCCAUGUAGAAACUGAAAUGUAAGCAGGAGUCUUUCGAAAUGUUCAAAUGCUUUACAGAUGUUCUCUCUUUUUACGCCGCACUUACUUGUGUCGGUUUUGUUAUGUUCUAUGAAAACUGGAGGAUUUCUACAUUUUCAACAAUAAUGCUGAUGAUUGUACUUCUUCCCCCCCCCCUCAUUGAAACUCACAUUUGUAUGUGUUACUGAGGAUACUUUGAAGUAAACAGACAAUGGAAAACCUUCUGA